AUGGAUACUCUCAAGGAACUACUUGUGCCUAAAGCAUUCAACAAAUAUAGCCACUUCGCAGUCGUUUCAAUUUGGUUCGUGAUGGGUGCAACCUUCCUCGGCAUUUUUAUUGAAGUGGAAAACACCGAACCCAGGUUUGAUUUCCGUUGUGGUGGAGCGAAGACUGAAAACAUUGAUCUCGUCCGUGGAAAAUGUUUCCGGCAAUACAUGAAGCAGUACAACAAAUACGGUGUUCCCAUUUAUGGCUUCGUGAUCAUCAAUUUCUGCCUUAUUGCUGCUGUAUAUGCUGUGUACUCCCAAAUAGUGAAAAAUACAGUCAAUGUACUGUCGUCAAGCACUCGCAACGGUGACCCUGAGAGUCAGUCGGGCGACCAAGAGAACAAAAAUUCAAAGGGAAAACAGCUUUUCAUCGCUUACUGUUGCCAACUAUCUACGAGACUUGUUUUAGGAGUUCUUUCCAUGAUCCUUCAAACUCAGUUGCUUUAUCCUCUCGAGUUUUCCUAUACGUUUGACUGUUAUUUACCCUCUAGAACCAAUCAGCCAAGGAAUUCAUCGGACGCCACCCAAAACUCUGCUUUUCACGAAUGUAGCAAUCAACGAUCGGAAAAGAAAACCUUCUGGAUGAACGCUAUUCUUGUAGUGAAUGGAAUUUUUGUCGCUGGCAUUCUUAUUGAAACCAUCUACAUUAUGUCACGGGCAUGCAUAGAAAAAAAGUUCAUGAAAAACUCAAAGUUUCUUGAAACACAUCUAAAUCCCAGUCAUGGAAAAUCCCAUCAGAAACCUCAAAGGCAAGAAGAAAGAAUAGAACAAGUUUCACAACAGUUACGAGUGCCAGAAAACUGUUCGACCCGAGGCGAGUUGCACCUAGAACCUCAGAGGCAAGAUGAUGUCGUCCAACCACAACCACACGAGCGUGAACACCGUCCAACCCAAGUCGAGUUACACUCAGAACCUCAAAGACAGGAUGAUGUUGCAUCGAGAGAGCGAGAACACCGUGCGACGCAAAUUGAGUCCCACCAAGAACCUCAAAGACAAGAUGAUGUUUUCCCACUACAACCACGGGAUGAAAUCGAGUCGCAUCAAGAACCUCAGAAGCCGAAUAGAAGGAGCGGACAUGAUGAUGUUCCUCUGACACAAAGGGAACCAGAACAGCUCCAAAACUCAAAUCUUCAACGAUUCAUUGCGAAAACAAAGGAAAUAAUCCAAGAAGACGCCCAAAACCUUUUUGAGCUCCAAUCACCUUUUUUAGGAAACCCAGGCGAACAAACGGCAGUUAAACAUUUGACUUUGGAUCAGAUUUACACAAAUCUUACGGUUAUUAAUGAUAGAGAUACAUAUGACUUUACUGAAGACAGACAGGAGCAACUCAAAGUUUACCCAAGGUCGCGCAAGGGAGAAUCACAACCCAAAGGCUUAGAAGACCUCCUAACGGAUAAAAGUAAGAAAGUUUUGGUUGUUGGUCGUCCCGGAAUCGGCAAAACAUUAUGUUGUAUUAAACUUCUCAGAGACUGGGCAUUUGAUGACGUUUUUAAAGCGACAUCUAAUGCUGAAACGCACUUUGACGCUGCCUUCUUUGUAAAAUUCAGGAGAUUCAACUCAACCGACGUCCUGAACCUCAGGGAACUAUUGAUUCAGUCAGAGCAUUUUCCCCCAGACCACCUGGAUGAUAAAGUCUGGAAAUACAUCCUGCAACACCCUAAACGCGUCAUCAUACUUUUUGACGGAUUCGAUGAAUUCAAACAUGAUGCUAAGAUCGUUCAGUCGCCUCCUCGUCCCAACGUAGAACAGAAAAUGCCGCUCCGAAUCCUCUAUCACUGUCUUGUGCACGGAAAACUCCUCAAAGAUGCCUCAAUUGUGACCACAACGAGACCUACGGCUUUGCCGAGCAUCAGACGCCUUCCAUUCGACAAAAUCUGCGAGAUUUUGGGGUUUUCAACCGAGCAAAUUGAAGAAUAUGUCUACAAAUUUACGGGAGACGACAAGCAAGCAGGCGAAACACUUUGGCGACACAUCAACAGCAACAUGAACUUACUUUCGCUCUGUUAUAUCCCAAUGAACAGCUUCAUCGUGUGCUCAAGUCUGUUCCAAAUAUUGCAGUUCGAAAGUUCCGCGGGUGUUACCCUCCCCUCCAAAUUAACCGAGAUAUACAAUAUUGCAGUGAAAGUGUUUUAUUUCAGACACACUAAAGAAUUCCGCGAUACUGAUUUCACUCGUGAACACUUUGAAUCUGAUGAAUUGUCCUUAGAUGUGGAGGAGAAAUUCGAGAAACUAGGAAGAGUGGCGUUUGAAGGAAUCAAAGAAGGAAAACUGAUCCUUGAAGGAAACGAAGUGCGCGGAAUGGAAGACAGCGCGCUUUUUCACCGCUUACCCGAUCGUAAAACCAGCGCGCUCAAACAUGAACGACAAUUCUGUUUCAUUCAUCUGACAAUGCAAGAGUUUUUCGCUGCGAGGCACUUGGCAAACAACACGAGUGAAACAGAAUUGAGGAACUUUGUUUCCGAGAACAUCAAGAAUGGUAAAUGGCAGCUGGUUUUUCAGUUUCUGGCGGGACUAAUGGAGGACAAAGUUCAGCUACCAAGCGAAAUCAUCACUGACCUUCUUCCUGUGAAAACUGAAAUGAAAGAAAGCGCCGACUACAACGAAGAGUGGACAGAGAAUGAAGACAAAAUGGUGACCUGCUGGCCGACUGAAGACGAACGGGAUUUAGCGGUGACGUUUUUUAAAUGUUGUAACGAAAGUGAUAAGAUGGAGUCGAUAGUUCAGAGAAAACUUCAACAAACACAGCACUUGGCUGAAGCCAUCAACAACAACAACUGUCAGCUACGUACAUUAAACCUCGCAUUCAAUGACAUCUCAGACAUUGGAGCACAGCACUUGGCUGAAGCCAUCAACAACAACAACUGUCAGCUACGCACAUUAAACCUCGCAUUCAAUGACAUCUCACACAUUGGAGCACAGCACUUGGCUGAAGCCAUCAACAAUAACAACUGCCAGCUACGCAUGUUAAACCUCUCAUUCAAUAACAUCUCAGACAUUGGAGCACAGCACUUGGCUGAAGCCAUCAACAACAACAACUGUCAGCUACGCACGUUAAACCUCACAGCAAAUAACAUCUCAGACAUUGGAGCACAGCACUUGGCUAAAGCCAUCAACAACAACAACUGUCAGCUACGCACAUUAAACCUCUCACACAAUAAAAACAUCACAAAAGCAGGUAGACGACAUGUACAUAAUUUAUUAAGCAAGAGUCAGUCUAAGUGUGAGCUAAUUCUUUAGGUCUCAGAAAUUCCAAGAAAAAACUGAA